UGGCUGAUGAACAUGUCUGUGUCGGCGGUGUGUAUUUUUGGGGAGGUGUGUUUGUAUCCAUGGUAAUACUUCUACAUCUCCAUCUCUGUGUUUGUGUACCAGACGUCUAACUUCAGCAGCCGGUGGGAGGACAUCAGCAGCCUGGAAGAAUCCCAACAAUCAGUCAAAGAAGCUGUCGUCUGUCCCAUUAAGAGCACCAGCACCUGCGCUACAACCCUCUGCGGGACAGCUGGGUCCUGGUGUCGGCCCACCGCAUGAAGAGGCCCUGGGCCGGUCAGGUGGAAAAGCCUCCCGAGGAGCAUGUGCCCAGAUUUGACCCCCGCAACCCGCUCUGUCCGGGCAACACACGCGCAAAUGGGGAGGUAAAUCCGACCUAUGACAGUACGUUUGUGUUUGAGAACGACUUCCCUGCUCUCCAGCCAGAUGCUCCAGAUCCCGGUUCGGAGCAGCAUCCGUUAUUUCAGUCUAAAGCUGCCAGAGGCGUCUGUAAGGUCAUGUGUUUCCAUCCCUGGUCAGACGUCACCCUCCCGCUCAUGAAGAAGCAGGAGGUUGUCAGUGUGAUUGACAAGUGGGCAGAACUUGUUGAAGAACUCGGCUCUACCUACCCGUGGGUUCAGAUCUUUGAAAAUAAGGGAGCUACGAUGGGUUGCUCAAACCCACAUCCUCACUGCCAGGUGUGGGCCAGCAACUUCCUGCCUAAUGAACCGGCGCUGUCAGACCGCUGCCAGAGAGCGUACCAUGAGAAGCACGGAGAGCCGCUGCUGCUGCAGUACGCCAGACAGGAGGCCGAGAAACAGGAGCGCGUGGUGGUGGAGAGUUCCCAUUGGCUGGCGGUGGUUCCAUACUGGGCAACGUGGCCCUACCAGACGCUGCUGUUGCCACGACGACACGUCCUCCGAAUCAACGAUCUGACGACGGAGGAGAGGGAGGAUCUGGCUGCCAUCAUGAAGCGACUGCUGACCAAGUACGACAACCUGUUUGAAGUGUCGUUUCCCUACUCCAUGGGCUGGCACGGAGCCCCAACCGGCCUCCAUUUAAAAGAAGACAACUCCCACUGGCAGCUGCACGCUCACUACUACCCUCCUCUGCUGCGCUCAGCUACCGUGAAGAAGUUCAUGGUGGGCUACGAGAUGCUGGCCCAGGAGCAACGGGACCUCACCCCUGAGCAGGCUGCAGAGAAGCUGAGAAACCUGCCAGAGGAGCACUACAGAACCAGGGAGGCCCGGGAAGGAGAGGUUAAAGGGAAAUGACCUGUGCGAUGGGUGGUGGAGGUUUAUUAAAGUCAGUUUACUCUUUUGGACCUUGACUGAGCAAGUCCUGUAAAACUACCAAAGUGCUUUGAUGACAGAGGGCUGAGACGUGUUCCCAUCCACAUGACAUGCAGCACGUGUACGUUUACGUGUCCAUCGGGCUGCUUACAGUAAUUAUCAGCUUCUGACUCCAUGUGGUAUGAAAGCUGGCCUCCAUGUUUUAUAGGAGAUAAUGAGGGAACGCUCUCUCCUGCCGUCUCUUCUGUUGAAUCUGAACAAACUUUGUUGUUUGCUUAUGUUGGGAAGCUUUCAGCCACAAAGCUUUUUUUUUUUUCCCCUCCAACAACACAAUGACUAAUUUGUGAUUCAAAUCAAAGUCUGUUUCUUGUAAAUGUUUUUGCAUGAAGUGCUAUUGAGCGAGUUAACUGAUUGCUGGCUUUCAGACUCAAAUGAGGUGCCGUGGUUAAUUCUGCAUAGAAAAUAAAUGAUUCACCAGA